AUGAACGUAUGUUAUGUAUGGGAUGAUAAACUGAUAGACUUUUGUGAUCAAUUACCCGCUGUCAUGGGUAGGGCAAAAGUGGUGCACUGCUUAAUACAGGCCUACGGACUACAUAACAAAGUUAAAGUGGUUCGUUCUACACCAGCAACAUACGAAGAAUUGAAAGAAUUUCAUUCAGAAUUGUAUUUGGAUCAUUUAAAAACAUUUAUUGACGUUGACGACGAUUAUAUGACAUCCGUUCAAGAUGAAGAAUAUGGCAUAGGAUAUGACUGUGCUCCUGUUUCUAACAUGUUCGGGCUAGUGUCACAUAUAGCUGGAAGUUCAGUGACUGCAUCCAAAUGUCUCGUAAUGGGUUUAGCUGAUGUUGCUAUUAAUUGGUGUGGAGGGUGGCAUCAUGCAAAUAGGUUUGGAGCAGAAGGCUUCUGUUAUGUGAAUGAUGUUGUCAUAGCAAUUGAAAAGCUAAGGAAAAAGUUUUCGAAAGUGUUAUACAUUGAUUUGGAUGUGCAUCAUGGAAAUGGAGUUCAAGAUGCUUACAACAUUAGUAAAUCAGUAUUCACUCUAUCCUUCCACAAGUACGAGCCUGGUUUUUACCCAGGCACGGGAGGUUUAAACGACAUUGGCACACUCAGUGGUACAGGAUACUCAUGUAACAUGCCACUACAUGCAGGUUACACUGAUGACACUAUGGAGUAUGCUUUUGAGAAAGUGUUCAAUUUAGUGUACAGUCACUUCGCACCGGACGCUAUAGUUAUACAAUGUGGUGCAGACGCACUGGCGCACGAUCCUAAUGGUGGUGCUGCGCUCACGGCGCGGAGCUACUGCAAGUGUGUGCGCAUGGUACUUGAUAAACGGAAACCCAGUAUGUUGCUAGGUGGUGGUGGUUAUCAACACUCAAAUGCUGCCCGCUUAUGGACAUGUAUAACGGCCAUGGUUGCUGGAGUUGAGCUAGAUGAGCAGAUACCAGAACAUAUUUACUGGCCAGAAUAUGGUCCUACCUACACAAUAGCUAUCGAUCCAACAUUAAUUAAGGAUGCUAAUAAAAGUUGUUACAUUGAAGACUGCAUAAAUACAAUUAAAGGGAACCUAGAAAAAUAUUUGGGAAAAUCAAGUCAUGCUGAACCAGUUGUCAAAAGACUGAAAUCUAAAAUAGAAAAUGCUAAGGAGACAUUAAGACUCGAUUCUAAGAAAAUACACAAAGACAAGAACAAAUUCAGGAACACUAGUGUUGGUAUUCACAACAUGGUAAAACAUGCUCAAGACCAAACAAACCAUAGGAGUAAAAUUGUGGACAAAUCCGAUGUUUAUGAUUUUGUUGAAUAA